GUAAACCAAUAUUCAUGGCAGAUUCUUGUGGCGGAUUCCCUCACCACUAGCUACUCUAUUAUUUUUGUGGUUUUCUCCAACAAUAACUUAUUUUUUCCCUUUAUUUUUCUUCUGGAAAAUUUUCUCUUUUUUCUCAGGGUAAGCUUGCUGACAGUGAUAAAUUAUUCAAUUGAUUUGCUGUAAAUUUUGGUUUUUUAAGGAGAGACGUGGUGUUGAAAAGCUGGGAUUUCGGUGAUUGAAGGGGAUUGGGCCACUAUCAAAUCGGGUUGUGGAUGAUUCCAUUUAGAAGCCUUAAAGACAUAUUUUCUGGAUAAAGACCUGGCAUCAAUGAACAGACAUGGAUUUGCCUGUUAAAGAUGAAUACAUUUUAGUUCACAGGCUCACUUGUGUUAUGAUAUUGCUCUAUUUAUGAUUUGGCCCUGUUAGCCUCUCGUGUCACUUCUCAGUAUGAAUAAACAAUUUGGUGAAGAUCAAGAUGAACCAACUGUCAUGGGGUUUGAAGUGCCAAGAUCACCUGAUUCAAGUUAUAAUAAUGUGUACCCUGGGAAUGAAGAUGAUGCACGGGACCCACCAAUUGUUCCUCCACACCUGCAUCGUACCUUGCUUAGCUACCCCGCAAGCAUGAAUGCUUCUGAGGAUCUUCCUUCGCCAGAAAAUGUGAUUCUAAAUCACCUUUACAUUGAAAACCCGGAGGCACCAAGAUCUGUUGUGGCACUUGGAUUCACUCACCGCUUCCUUUCUAAGUAUGUUACUGUUGUGCUAUACAAACCAGUUCCGAGAAGGGGGAGUGCCAGUACUUAAAAUAUGAAUAGAGAAUAGACCUUCUCAUCGGAUUGGUUGGUGGUUUGCCCUUGUGAUGGAAUUAGUUGCAAUAGACUUAAAUACCGAAUUAGCUGAGAAUAUUUCUUGGUUUCACGGUAGUUGAUGACUUAGGGGUUGUCCAUUGAACCUGAAAGUUAACAUUUGACUUGAAAUAUCAGUUAUGUUGUGAAGGUCGAGUUGCUAUACAUAUAAAGCUUUCUCGUUAUUCUUUUUAACCAGUAUUUAUGGUGUUGUGAGCUUGUUUGCUAGCUAAGUAUGGUACUAAACUUACAGCUCUUGUAUUUGUGGACAUUGGAUUAAUCGAUUGGUUCAUUUUGAUGGGUAUGCCUGCCAA